AUGGCGCCCGGCAGCGUCGCCGGCCCCCGGUCGCCGGCCAUGCUCCUGAUCCUGGCGCUGGCCAUGCUCCUGGGGCUGGGCCUGCCCGGGGGACGGCUGGCCCGAGCAAACAUCGGGUCCGUGCCGCUGGCCAUGGUCCGGGCGCCGCUGCCGCUGGACCGGGCCGACGCGGCCCUGGCCAUGGUCAACAUGCGCGAGCGCGGGGCCGUGGCCAUCACCCGGCGCCCCGACACCUCCUUCGUCCGGAUCGAGUCGAUGCAGGCGUCGAUGGCGCACGCGGUCGAUGAGCGCCUCGGGGCGUACUUCGACACGGCGGCCGCCGUCAGCGAGGCCGCCCUGACGGCCGGCACCUCGGACCUGCCGCCCGGGUUCGCCCUGCGAGCGCUGGUCUGCGACAGCGGCGAGGUCGCCCUGCUGGCUGGCUACCCGCAGGCCAUGUACCUGCUCCGGCCGCAGGGCCCGCACCAGGUGCACACCUUCCUCCAGCCGGUGGAGGUCCUGCUGGCCUUCUGCCUGAAUGCGGCCACCCAUCGCAUCCUCGUGCGCGAUGGCGGCACCCUGCUGCUGCUGGCGUUCUCGCCGUCGCCGAGCAUCAGCUUCCUGGACCUCGGCGGCAUGAGCGUGGUGCCCGGCAUGCGGGCCGCCCGCGGCUAUGGGACCUCGGUGCACCUGUGGAACCGCACGCACUACCACCACGGCCAGCUGGUUGUGUCCAUAUUCUCCGGCUUCGCCGGGUCCUUCCCGGGCCCGGUGGCCCUGCCGGGCCUGGUGGACAUGGCUGUCACGCGCGCGCGCGCCGGGUCCCAGGGGGAUCUGCUGAUCCUGCGCGAUGAUGGCGACCGGUGGGUGCUGUGCGGCCCGCCGUCGCCGGGGGCCGAGCCGACCCUGCUCGGGUGCCUGGAGCUGGCGGCCCUCGUGGAGGUUGGGGCCCAGCGCCGGGGGCACUUCCUGGCCGUCGGCCCGGCCGAGAGCCACGACCCGGUGCCGGUGGCCUACUUCGUGCCGGAUGCCGGGGCGCCCCUGCGGGUGGCCCUGCUGGACGUGCCGGCCACCGUCCGGCCGCUGGUCAUGCCGCCGCCGGAGCCCGGGGCCCCGGCCGAGGAGUUCCGCCUGCUGGGCCUGGUCCCCGCGUACGGGGCCCCGGUGGCGUGGACCCUGGCCGGGCGCCAUGUGUACCUGGAGGCCGGGGGCUUUUGCGCCGGCGACCCGACGGUCGAGUGCGCGGACCCGAGCGCCGUGGACCCCCCGGCCCGGGGCUGGCGCUGUGCCCCCGGCCGGGCCGUCGCCUACUUCCGGACCGGCAGCCUGCCGCGCCUGUGUGAUGCGUGUGCGGCGGGCUUCGGCCGGGCCGAGGCCCCGGACCCGCGCCCGCCGCCCGUGCCGCUGCCCCCGCUGCCCCUCCCGCUGCCGGUGCCGCCCAGCCUGGACGUCAGCAUUAUUGGAGCCGGCAGCAUGGACACCCUCGCCGCCGCCGCCGCCAUGUGCUCGCCCUGUGACGACACGGGCGCCUGCCUGUCCUGCCUCGAGGGCAACUGCAUGGCCUGCCGCGAGCCGGACCUCCUGCUGGUGGACCCGGGGUCCGGGCUGGGCCGCUGUGUGGGCGCCUGCCCGGCCGGCUACCUGCCCGAGGGGGGCCUGUGCAUGGAGGGCGCCGCGGAGGCGGCCAUGCGGAUGGCGGCCCAGGCCGACCGGCUGACCGGCCUCCCGGCCGAGGACCAGGUCCAGGCCCUGGGGGCCACCUGGCUGCAGGUAUCCGACGCGGCCGGCGGGCUGUUCCUGCCGCCGGCCGCCGGGGCCGCGGGGAUCCCCUUCGAUCCGGCGGCCAAGCGGUCGACCUUCCUGGGGUUCCGACCGCCGGGCCGGGCGCCGGUGUACCUGCGCCACAGCGGGCCGGCCGCGGUGGCGGCCAUCCCCCUGGCGCCCGGCGGGCCCUUCGACGCCGGCUGGGACGUGCGGGCCUAUGUGGAGCUCGGCGCCCCGGCCGGGGUGCUGCCCUCCGGGCAUCUGGCCCUCGUGGGGCUGGUCUGCCUGCCGACCGGCGUCGGGGUGCUGAAGUUCGAGUGCGCCCCCGGGGCCGGGCCCUGGCCGGACCCGAACCAGCCCUGCCCGGCGGCCGCGUCGCUGACCAUGCUGCCGGGCAUGCCCUGCGGCUCGGCCCGGCAGCUGGACGCCCGGUCGGUCGGCACCCAGGCCCCGAUGGCCGGCCCGGCCGACGGGGUCCACGCCGGCGGCCUGGUGCGCCUCGGGCCGGAUGGCAGCCCGCAGGCGGCGGGCCAGCCGCCGGGGGCCGGGCUGCCGGCGGUCGUGCCGGCCCCGGCCGACGGGGCCUUCCUCCUGCAGACGCCGGCCGGCCGGGCGGACCUCCUGCCCAUGGGCCUGGCCAUGAGCCGGUCGGCGGGGUCCGGCGGGCUGCCCUUCCCGGCGGCGGUCCACACCGGCGGCGCCAGCGGCACCGGGCCACACUUCGAGGCGCUGCACCUGCCGACCCCCUGGCGCGGGGCCACCCACCCGGGGGAGGUGUUCCUCUCGCGCCUGCGCCACCCCCCGGGCGGCGGGCACUCCGUGUGGGAGGCCCUGCACCUGCCGGCCGGCAUGAUGCCCCACGGCCGGACCGACGGCCUGGCCCCCCUCGCCAGCCAGGUGGCCCGGCUGCCGGACCUGUCGGGCCACACCGGGGCCGCCGGCCCGCGCGCCGUGGUCCUGGCCACCGGCAGCCCGCAGCUGCCCGGCUUCCUGGCCCUCCUGUCCCCGGGCCGGGUGGACAUGGCGCCGGUCAGGUGCUACGGCCCGGCCGGCGCCGGGCACUGUCUCCUGCGCCCGGCGGCCGGGGUGCACCUGCCGGCGCCGGGGCUGGCCUGGCCCGAGCGCGUGGCCCUGCUGCCGGGCUUCGCGCAGCCGGCCGCCGGGCCCGGCACCGCGGCCCUGCCAGCCGUCCGCGCCGGUGCCCGCGCCCCCUCGCACCCGGCCACCAGCGAGACCUUCACCUUCCUGGCGGUGCUGGACGGGGCGGCCGUCUGGCGCGUGGACCUGACCAUGGAGGCAUGCCCGGCGGGCGGGGCCCCGCCCGCGUGCCUGCCCUGCCACGAGGCGUGCGUCGGGUGCUCCGGGCCGGCGGCCGACCAGUGCCUGGCCUGCCGGCACUUCCUGCCCGACGCGCCGGGCGCCUGCCUGGCAAGCUGCCCGGAGGGGCUCUUCCCGGACCCGGCCGGCGACGGGGCCUGCCGGUGCCAUGUCUCCUGCGCGGCCUGCUCGCCGGCGGCCCCGGGCGGCGGGGCCUUCGCGUGCACCGCCUGCGCCGAUGGCCACGCCCCGACCGGGGUCCCCGGCGAUGCCGAGUGCGCCGCCUGCCAUGGGGCCUGCCUGGCCUGCUCGCGCCCUGGCGACCCGGCCGCCUGCACGGCCUGCCCGCCGGGCACCCUGCUCCAUGAGGGCGCCUGCGUGGGGUCCUGCCCGCCGGGCACCUGGGCCCGUGGCUCGGAGUGCUGGCCCUGCGGCCCGGCAUGCGCCCAGUGCGACCCGGCCGGCCGGUGUGUCCAGUGCGAUGACGGCUUCUUCGUUUAUAUCAGCGGCGCCUGCCGGCCGUGCGACGCCUCCUGCCAGGGAUGCCUGCACGGGGCCGGCUGCGUGGCCUGCCGGCCGGGGCUGGUCUUCCUGUCGGCCGAUCCGCAGCAGCCAUCCCUCUGCGGCGGCACCUGCGCCCCGGGCGAGUAUGUCGGGGCUGGCCGGUGCGCCGCGUGCGAUGGGUCGUCCCUCGGCCUGGGCAUCGGCCUCGGCCUGCUGGUGGUGUUGCUCCUGGCGGCCGGCCUGGCCAUCCUGCUGGUGUCCUGGAACCGGCGCCGGCGCCUCGACCGCUGGGCCAAGACGGACCGCGAUGCCAUCGCCCUCGAGGCCAUGGCCGCCUCAGGCCACUGAGCCCGGCCCCCAUGCGCCCGGGCCGGCGUGCCCCCCUCCACGCUUGGACGACAAUACAUGCGCUUGAAGGAAUCGACUUUUGGGGGUGUGGUGCCAUUUGUUGCCCCGGGGCGGCCGGGGGCCUGUCACACCCGACCGGCCGCAUGGGUUCGCGGCCCGGGCCGCCGGAAGCCGGCUCCCUGGGCCGGAAUUGGGCAGGGCACCCGGGUGCGGCUGGCGUCGCACACUCGGCGGGCCGGACCAUCUCGCCGAUGCCCGGAGCGGCAACGCGAUGUCCCCGUGCCGGACGGACGAUGUGCGCCGGGGAGGGCGGUGGAGAUGCGCCGGGCGCCCGCCCAAACCCAGCCGGCGGUCCCAUCGCACAUACACACAUGCACAUGCACAUACACACAUGCACAUACACAUAUGCACAUACACAAAUGCACAUACACAAAUGCACAUACACAAAUGCACAUACACAAAUGCACAUACACAAAUGCACACACACA